CUGAUGCUCUGACCGUUAACUCCUCCAAAAACUAUCAGAACCCUAGCAAUUGGGCACUGAGAAAAAUGGAGAAUCGUGAAGCAGAGGGCUAGCAGUAGCAGCAGUGGAACCCUAUAUAACUAGUUAGCCAAUCAAUGGCUUCAAUUUCUACUUCAAAUUCCCCACUCGUUCACCUUCACACAAACCUUAUCUCUCUCCACUUUUCUUCUCCUUCAAUUCUCUCUUUCCCUUCCUAUCGCACACCCCUACGUUUUUGUGCACUAAAAACUGGUAGAAUUGGGAGCACUAGUGACCAAGAUGCUUAUCGCGCCGACUUGCUGAAAAAGCCGGUCAUAUCGCCGGCGUUGGACGAGUCGGCGAAAGAUUCCGACGAGGAGAAGGAGGAGGAGAUUAAGCGGAGGGAAGAAGGUGGGUGGGUUGAUUGGGAGGACCAGAUUUUGGAGGAUACUGUACCACUUGUUGGCUUUGUGAGAAUGGUUCUUCAUUCUGGCGAGUAUGAAAGCGGUGAGAGGUUAAGUCCUGAGCACGAGAGAACAAUUCUGGAAAGGUUGCUUCCAUAUCAUCCAGAAUGUGAGAAGAAGAUUGGGUGCGGAGUUGAUUACAUCACGGUUGGGUACCAUCCUGAUUUUGAAAGCUCACGAUGUUUGUUCAUAGUUCGAAAAGAUGGAGAGCUGGUUGACUUUUCUUAUUGGAAAUGCAUAAAGGGUUUAAUUAGGAAAAAUUAUCCACUGUAUGCCGAUAGCUUUAUUCUCAGGCAUUUCCGGCGGCGUAGGGGUAGCAACUGAAGGCAAGCCCGGCCAGUUAAGCACACUACUAGUCUCUGAAGAAUUUGGACACCAAUGAUCUCUCGGUUUUCUUUAAGUGGAAUGCGUGAAGACAUUUAUUGCCUUCAUAUAUAGAGUAUGGAAUUGGACUCGACUUCAUAUUUUUUACACAUCUCGUGUUUACUGUGCUAUAAUGACCGUCUCACUUGAUAAUCACAUAGUCAUCAUGUAGUUAAAAGGGCAUACCGAGUAAUGAGGUUUUUGUCAUUGCGGUGUCUGAAGAUAGUUAGAUGUACGUAGUUUUACCCCUGCAAGUAAAAUAUGUUUAUUCUGUUGAAAUGUCAACUUCAUGGAUCGAAAUGUAAACUGGGUGUGUGUCUCUCUGCAAGCCUGCAUGAUUCAGUUGAAUAUGUGUUAUGUGAUGUGAAUGGUGGUUUUGCAUAGACGGAGGCAGGGCUUUAAAGUUUAGACAGUAAUGGUGACUAGGGUUUUGUGUGUGUGCGCGUGUAUGGGUGUGUAUAUGUGUCUCUAUGAGAGAGUAAUGGGAAGAGGAGGAAGGAUGGAAGAUAGGAAACAUAUUUCCGGAUAUUUUGUUUUAGGGCAAACUUAAUACUA